AUGGAAUUAUUCUCCGGUGUUUUACCGGAAAUAACAAUUUCCAUCAUACAAAAUCUACGUAAUGAUUUUGGGUCACUUUAUUCAUGUGCUUUAGUCAAUCGGAAUUUAUGUAGGAUUACCAUUCCCAUACUUUGGGAAGAUCCUUUUUUUGUUAUGUAUCAAGAAGGAAGGGAUAGAAGUAAUUUUCUGUUCAUUUAUUUAUUAUUUCUUAACGAUGAGGAUAAAGAGAGGUUAAAGAGAUUAGGUGAAAUAUGUAGGAAAUCAAAAUUUCUAUCAGACAUCAAGUAUUUUACAUUAGAUUUUAAACAAAGUGAAAUUAUUCGUAUUUUGCCGCCGAAUUCUUCUUACCAAUAUUUAUUAAAGUAUUUACCAUCAGCGAUAACGACAAACAAGCAUUUUACAAUUUAUUUUGGUUUGGAAGGUAUCCUAUCUGAGGAGAAUCUAGAAAAUUUGAUUCAAUCACAAACGCAACUUUUAUCCCUUACACUUCAUUAUAUAUCACCACAAGUAGCCUACUUAUUAAGUCCUUUUAAGUAUUGUUCUAAAACUUUAACUUCAAUUAAAUUCAACUCUUGUGAUUUUACAAACAUAUCAUCAUUGAAUGGACUUUAUUAUCUUGUACACCUUGAAUCACUUCAAUUCAAACUAUGCAAAGGGGUAACGGUUCAGGUUUUUCGUCCCUUACUUGACAUUCCUACUCCACUUAAAAUCAAAACUUUAACAUUAGAGGGUCAAAAUAUGGAAAUAAAUUUUAUUCGGUUAUUGUUUCAAAAAGUCGGUUCUUUUUUGGAAAAUUUGGAAAUAUAUCUUUGGGAAGAUAUUGAAAGACAAAUCGUUUUUGAAAGUAUUAUCAAUUAUUGUGAUAAAAUUCAAUUUCUUCAUUUAUAUGAAAUUGAUCAUGUGGAUAUUCUUCCGUUUUUUAAAUUAAUCACUCACGUUCGCAAAAAUCUCAAAUAUCUUUCCCUUAGUAACAAGACUUCAGAUUGUAUGAGUAUCUCAAUCAAUAUGGAUCAUUUAAGAGUUUGUUCCAUGAUCUUGGAUAAUUUGGGUCAAAUCUUACCAGAUUCUUUGAAAUAUUUAGAAUUGAAGCUUGAAAUUGAUCCAACCAACUUGAAAAUUUUUUUGGAUAAUUGCAAGCACAUUGAUGGGUUAAGCAGGUUACUGGUUAUAAAUAAAUACAAUAAGGAUAUUAAAAUUACUUUUGAGCUUUUGAAAGAAUUUGUAAGUGAGAAGAAGGUAAUGAAUUUUGCAUAUCAGGUUAAAGGUUUAUUCUGCCGUGGUGAUCAGAAUUUAGAAUGGGUGGCUAAUGAAAUCCAACAUUUUAAAGAGUUGUAUUAUGAUUUGAUUAUAAGAAUUUCGGAUUUUGAUGUGAUUUGA